UUACAAUGGGAAACAUAUCCAAUUUGUUUUUUGCCAAAAAGUUUACGUGGUGCUGAAAUAACUGAUCUCGAUUUAAAGGGAUUGGAUACGUGCCUCGAAUUUAUAACAGAUGAAGAAAAUAAUGCCGCCAGCACGUCUCAUAACUUUCUUGAUAAAGGUGGCCUUAAUACACUUGCAAUAUUGGGUUGCAUUAUAUUCGUAUUAAUAACAAUUAUAAUACUUGCAAUGGCUGUAUGUUUUUCAAGACAUCGGGCACGUUACUAUACUCAAGAAGAGAAGCAUAUUGGAGGAGAAGCUGGAAAAUGUUUAGAAAAAAAUGUUGAAUCAACUGCAACAGAAACACCAACCGCUGAAUCAGCAAUUAAGAAUAAAGAAUUAAAUUUUAAAUUUCCAAUUAAUGAUAGAGUAUGUACAAUUGAUGAAAUUAUUUUACCACCACCACCGCCACCUCCAACAAAAUUACCACCAACAAAAUUGCCACCAACAUCUACAUCUACAAAACCAUCAGAAUUAAAAGAGACACAACAACAAAUGAAAUCUCUUCAAUCAGGAUCAAUUGUUGUUAAAACAAAUUUAAUACAACUAUCACCGACAACGACAAUUACAACAACAACAAUACCCGGAUCAAAUAUAUCUAGUGGAAAUAAUAAAAAUAUAUUAACACCAAUACAUCAAACGAUACCAUUAACAACAACAUCAAUGUUAACAUUAAAAUCAUCAACAACAACACCUCCAACAACAAAAACCAAAUCAAUAAAUAUGCAUAAUAUAGAACAAACAUCAGUAAUAGGAGCAACAGCAACGACAACAACGAAUGAUAUUAAUAAUUGUAAUCUUGAUGAAGAUAUUAACAAAAAGAAGGACUGACAAAAGGAUACAAAACAACUUAAAUGAGUACAGUUUAUAAUAGAUGAUAAUUUAAAUAGAUAGAAUAUAGAAUAGGGUAGAUUUCUUUCUCAUUUCUUCUCUUAUAUAAUUUCAUUUU